AUGUUCUUAGAAAUCAAAGACAAGCUCGGCGGGCCCCGCAGCUCCGUCACUGCCCCAACUGUCCUUUUCCGUAUCUCUGCGUACUUGCUAUUUAACGGAAAAUCUGGAGGGAGUCCGGAAUAGGAGAAGGAUAACGUUGAAAUGGCAAUGGCUGUGAGACCGAGAAGCACAGGGAUCCCACCUUGUUCUUCUUCGAUGGUAUCGUUAUCAUCAGUACCAGUUCGUAUGGGGUUCAAGUUCGAUACGAAGUCAUCGGCGAAUAGAAUUCCGUUUCUGAAAGCAAUUCGAAGUUCUCAAGCUCAAGCAUCAGCCUCCACUGUUUCUCGUAAACAGCGACGGCCUCAGAACGUAGACGGAGAGUUCUUUGUUGACCACACAUGCAUAGACUGCGAUGCUUGUCGAUGGAUGGCUCCGCAAACUUUUGCACGAGUUGAUGAACAGUCUGCAGUUCUUAAACAACCAUUAUGUGAAGAGGAACGACUAAAAGCUCUACAGGCCUUGAUUUCAUGUCCAACAAGCUCAAUCCGUACAGAGAAACCUCCUCCUGAUAUUCUACAUGUGCAGAAAACAUUUCCGCUUCCAAUAGAUGAGCAGAGAGUUCCGGGUGUUUAUCACUGUGGUUAUCAUUCUCCGAAAUCACAUGGGGCAGCUUCUUAUUUGAUUGUUCAUCCUGAAGGAAAUAUACUUAUAGACAGCCCAAGAUUUACUGAGAGACUUGCAAGUAAUAUUGAGAAGCUGGGUGGGGCACGUUACAUGUUUCUGACCCACGAGGAUGACAUAGCAGAUCAUGAGAGGUGGUCAAAGCGACUAAAGUGUGAUAGAAUUCUGCACUCUCUAGAGGUUGAUGAUUCUACUGCAAAUGUAGAGAUAAAGCUAGAGGGGAGUGGCCCCUGGAGCCUUUUCGAGGACAUCCAACUCAUACACACUCCAGGCCACACAGAAGGAUCAGUCUGCUUAUUUUAUACGUCCCUCGAUAUUUUGUUCACUGGGGAUCAUCUGUUUAUGACCGAAUCUGGGCUGGACUUUUCAGAGAAGUUCAACUUUUAUUCAGUUCCCAUACAAUUGAGCAAUGUUCGGUUUCUGUUAGACUUGGACUUCAAGUGGUUGCUACCUGCUCAUGGAAGGAGACUUGAAUUUAAAGAUUACCAGGAGAAAAAUUCAACUCUGGAGACCUUCCUGCAGAAGAAGUCCAGUAAGAUAGAGGUGUACGCAUAACGCACUUUAUAAGUUUCAAAUCCGUUUGGUUGUAUAUGGGAUUGUAUACUGUAAUCUUAUUGUCUAUUCGCCCAAACCCUCACUGGGAUAAGAACUGGACAUUAUUUUGAUUAUGGCCACGAUAGCUGAAGAGAAUUCAAAGGUAUAAAAACCUGCCAUGUAUGUAUGUAAUUUAUGUGUGUAAUUUAUGUGUGUUUAGUGGGUUGGGUC